AUGUGCUCCGAAGCCAAUCAUCUCCACAUGCUUUUCUUCCCUAUAAUGGUGCAAGGAAACAUGCUCCCUAUGGUUGACAUGGCCAAGAUCUUGGCUGCCCGUCGUGCCUGCAUCACCAUUCUCACUACUCCCGUUAAUGCCAUCAUUAUCCGCCCCAAUGUCAAUGACUCUCUUCAUCUCCAUAUUAUCCCUUUACCCACUGUCGAAUUUGGCCUCCCCGAUGGGUGCGAGAACAACAUCUUCAUCCUUUCUGAUGACCAACACGUCAACCUCAUGAACGCUAACUAUUUGCUUCAUCACCCUUUUGACUCCGUGCUUGCAAAUCUCAGCCUCGACUGUGUCGUAACUAAUUUAUUCUUUCCAUGGACAUAUGAUGUUGCUGUCAUGAGAGGUAUUUUGCGGCUUGUCUUUCACGCCACUAGCAACUUCUUAGCCUGUAUCAUGAGUGCUUCACAGCAGUGCCGCCUACCAGCAGACAUGGUUGGGUCCUUUGUCUGGCCCGGCCUCCCACAUCGAAUUAAGAUGUUAAAAAUCCAAAUCAUAGACUUCAACAAAUUAGGAGGAAUGUCAAAGGAGUUUAUCAUGGAGACACUUAAGGAGGUGGCGGAGGUGGAAGUGAAGAACUAUGGGACGUUGAUGAAUAGUUUCUUUGAGCUUUAG